CAAGUUUUCUUUAAUAUGGACUAUUACCAUCUGCUGGCAGUAGUGAAAAUUGCAAUUAAUUAUUUUAAGCUUAAGUACAUCUUUUCAAUUGUGAGCUCAGAAGAUAAAAUAACAGUCCACUUUUUAAACCGUGACGGUGAAAUACUAACAACCAAAGGAAAAAUCGGUGACUCUCUGCUAGAUGUUGUGAUUGAGAAUAAUCUAGAUAUUGAUGGUUUUGGCGCAUGUGAGGGAACCUUGGCUUGCUCUACCUGCCACCUCAUCUUUGAAAAGCACAUAUACGAGAAAUUGGAAGCAAUCACUGAUGAGGAGAAUGACAUGCUUGAUCUGGCGUACGGGCUGACAGAUAGAUCUCGGUUGGGCUGCCAAAUCUGUUUGACAAAGUCUAUGGACAAUAUGACUGUUCAAGUACCGGAUGCCAUGUCUGAUGCCAGACAAUCCAUCGAUAUGGGCAAGAACUCCUAAGACAGAAUAAAUGGGAAUAUUUUCACAAAAUGCUACCUAUUUUUAUAAUUAUUAUUCUUAAUUAAAUAAGAGCAUGGAUGAAUGA